GGCCACCAGGAUGGCUGGAAUGGCCUUAGUCAUGAGGCUUUUAGAAUUGUUUCAAGGCAGGAUUAUGCAUCGGAAGCAAUCAAAGGAGCAGUUGGUGGUGUUUAUUUGGGUACUACCAACUCCUGUGUGGCAGUUACAGAAAGUAAACAAGCAAAGGUGCUGGAGAAUGCCGAAGGUGCCAGAACUACCCCUUCAGUUGUGGCCUUUACAGCAGAUGGUGAGUGACUUGUUGGCAUGCCAGUCAAGCAACAGGCUGUCACCAACCCAAACAAUACAUUCUAUGCUACCAAAUGUCUCAUCGUCCAGCAAUAUGAUGAUCCUGAAGUACAGAAAGACAUUAAAAAUGUUCCCUUUAAAAUUGUCUGUGCCUCCGAUGGUGAUGCCUGGCCAGAUUGGAGCAUUUGUGUCAAUGAAGGUGAAAGAGACUGCAGAAAAUUACUUGGGGCACACAGCAAAAAAUGCUGUGAUCACAGUCCCAGCUUAUUUCAAUGACUUGCGGAGACAGGCCACUAAAGAUGCUGGCCAGAUAUCUGGACUCAAUGUGCUUCGGGUGAUUAAUGAACCCACAGCUGCUGCUCUUGCCUAUGGUCUAGAAAAAUCAGAAGACAAAGUCAUUGCUGUAUAUGAUUUAGGUGGUGGAACUUUUGAUAUUUCUAUCCUGGAAAUUCAGAAAGGAGUAUUCGAGGUGAAAUCCACAAAUGGGGACACUUUCUUAGGUGGGGAAGACUUUGACCAGGCCUUGCUACAGCACACUGUGAAGGAGUUCAAGAGAGAGACGGGAGUCAAUUUGACCAAAGACAACGUGGCAUUUCAGAGGGUGCGGGAAGCUGCUGAAAAGGCUAAAUGUGAACUCUCCUCAUCUGUGCAGACUGACAUCAAUUUGCCCUAUCUUACAAUGGAUUCUUCUGGACCCAAGCAUUUGAAUAUGAAGUUGACCCAUGCUCAAUUUGAAGGGAUUGUCACUGAUCUGAUCAGGAGGACUAUCGCUCCAUGCCAAAAAGCUAUGCAAGAUGCAGAAGUCAGCAAGAGUGAUAUAGGAGAAGUGAUUCUUGUGGGUGGCAUGACUAGGAUGCCCAAGGUUCAACAGACUGUGCAGGAUUUUUUUUUGGCAGAGCCCCCAAGUAGAGCUGUCAAUCCUGAUGAGGCUGUGGCCAUCGGAGCUGCCAUUCAGGGAGAUGUGUUGGCUGGCGAUGUCACAGAUAUGCUGCUCCUUGAUGUCACUCCCCUGUCUCUGGGUAUUGAAAUUCUGCUAGGUGUCUUUACCAAACUUAUUAAUAGGAAUACCACUAUUCCAACCAAGAAGAGCCAGGUAUUCUCUACUGCUGCUGAUGGGCAGACACAAGUGGAAAUUAAAGUGUGUCAGGGUGAGAGAGAGAUGGCUGGAGACAACAAACUCCUUGGACAGUUUACUUUGAUUGGAAUUCCACCAGCCCCUCAUGGAGUUCCUCAGAUUGAAGUUACAUUUGACAUUGAUGCCAAUGGGACCAUACGUGUUUCAGCUAAAGAUAAAGGCACAGGACGUGAGCAGCAGAUUAUAAUCCAGUCUUCUGGUGGGUUAAGCAAAGAUGAUAUUGAAAAUAUGGUAAAAAAUGCAGAGAAAUAUGCUAAAGAAGACCAGCGAAAGAAGGAACGAGUUGGAGCAGUUAAUAUGGCUGAAGGAAUCAUUCAUGACACAGAAACCAAGAUGGAAGAAUUCAAGGACCAAUUACCUGCUGAGUGCAACAAGCUGAAAGAAGAGAUUUCCUAAGUGAGGGAGCUCCUAGAAAAAGACAGUGAAACAGGAGAAAAUAUUAGACAGGCAGCAUCCUCUCUUCAGCAGGCAUCACUGAAGCUCUUCAAAAUGGCAUACAAAAAGAUGGCAUCUGAGCGAGAAGGCUCUGGAAGUUCUGGCACUGGGGAACAAAAGGAAGAUCAAAAGGAGGAAAAACAGUAAUAAUAGCAGAAAUUUUGAAGCCAGAAGGACCACAUAUGAAGCUUAGGAGUAAAGAGACUUCCUGAGCAGAAAUGGGCAAACUUCAGUCUUUUUACUGUGUUUUUGCAGUAUUCUAUAUAUAAUUUCCUUAAUUUGUAAAUUUAGUUACUAUUAGCUAGUGAUCAUUUAAUGGAUGGUGAUUCUAACAGCAUAAAGUUCACAAUGUUCGAUGUCCCUAGCCUGUCAUUUUUCAGCUGCAUGUAAAAGGAGGUAGGAUGAAUUGAUCAUUAUAAAGAUUUAACUAUUUUAUGCUGAAGUGGCCAUAUUUUCAAGGGGUGAAACCAUCUCGCACACAACCAUGAAGGUAGUCAGCCAUAGACUUGAAAUGAGACCACAUAUGGGGAUGAGAUCCUUCUAGUU